CGACUGUAGAGUUGAAAGUGUCGUCAGUGACCACUCUUUCCUAUACUUAACCCCACACACACUCACAUAAAUAAACUCGCCGGAGACACCGCCGCAGCAAAGACAGGGUUUUGAUGGAGAAGAAAGAGAACGGUCUUGAUGGGAAGCAAUCGGGUCGGGUCAUUGACGGACCCACUAACCCGAUGGUCACACCUCUGCUCAAUGAUCUUUACCAAUUCACCAUGGCUUAUGCUUAUUGGAAAGCUGGCAAGCAAUCCGAGCGAUCUGUGUUUGAUUUGUAUUUUCGUAAGAACCCGUUUGGUGGAGAAUACACUAUAUUUGCUGGAUUAGAAGAAUGCAUCAAAUUCCUCGCUAAUUUCAAUUUGACUGAUCAAGAGAUUGACUUUGUUCGUGAUUCGUUGCCUGGAUGUGAGGAAGCUUUCUGUGAUUAUCUUCGAGGACUUGAUUGUUCUGACAUUGAAGUGUAUGCAAUCUCGGAAGGAUCAGUUGUUUUCCCUAAAGUUCCUUUACUCAGAAUCGAAGGCCCUGUUGCUGUUGUGCAAUUGUUGGAAACUCCAUUCCUCAAUCUCAUCAAUUAUGCAUCUUUGGUUGCUACUAAUGCAGCAAGACAUCGGUUUGUUGCUGGGAAAUCUAAGCUUCUGCUUGAGUUUGGUGCUCGAAGAGCUCAGGGACCCGAUGGCGCAAUAAGUGCAUCAAAAUAUUGCUACCUUGGAGGUUUUGAUGGAACAAGCAAUGUUGCAGCGGGAAGACUGUUUGGGAUACCCCUUCGUGGUACUCAUUCCCAUGCUUUUGUUAGCUCAUUCAUGAGCCUUGAUGAGAUUCUUGAAAAAGUGCUUCGAACUUCUGAUGGGAAAGGCACUUGUGGGGAUUUUGUUAGUUUGGUCCAAACAUGCCUGACAAAGCUUCAGAAUUCAUCUUCACUACAAGGGAUUUUUUCCGAGACAAAUCAAAGCGAACUUGCAGCAUUCAUUUCAUACGCGUUGGCAUUCCCCAACUCCUUUCUCGCUCUUGUAGACACAUACGAUGUGAUGAAGAGUGGAAUUCCAAACUUCUGUGCUGUUGCUCUAGCACUUAAUGAAUUGGGAUACAAAGCAGUAGGCAUUAGAUUGGAUUCAGGUGACUUGGCCUAUCUUUCUACUGAGGUCAGGAAAUUCUUUUGUGCCAUAGAGAGAGACCUUAAAGUUCCCGAUUUCGGGAAGAUGAUCAUCACUGCUAGUAAUGAUCUAAACGAAGAGACAGUCGAUGCCCUUAAUAAACAGGGUCAUGAAGUAGAUGCAUUUGGAAUUGGAACCAACUUAGUGACUUGCUAUGCGCAAGCUGCGUUAGGUUGUGUUUUCAAACUGGUGGAGAUAAAUAGUCAGCCGCGGAUCAAACUUUCUGAAGAUGUUACUAAGGUAUCAAUACCAUGUAAAAAGCGUACUUACAGAUUAUUCGGAAAAGAGGGUUACCCUCUUGUUGAUAUAAUGACUGGAGAGAACGAACCACCUCCAAAGGUCGGUGAAAGGUUACUUUGCCGUCAUCCAUUUAAUGAAUCGAAAAGGGCUUAUGUGGUGCCACAACGUGUUGAAGAGCUUCUGAAAUGCUAUUGGCGUGGCAAUGCAGAUGAAGCUAGGGAAGAGCUAGAACCAUUGAAAGAGCUAAGAAACCGUUGCAUCAAACAGCUCGAAAAUAUGCGACCCGAUCAUAUGAGAAGAUUAAACCCUACUCCAUAUAAGGUUAGUGUCAGCGCCAAGUUGUAUGACUUCAUCCACUUUCUCUGGCUCAAUGAAGCUCCUGUUGGUGAACUGCAUUGAUAAUUUACACAAACAUGGGUUGUUUGGUUCAGUGUGUUUGUGUCUGUGUGUACAACACCUAGUAUCAGCUUUGCCACUGGUUUCACUCUUUUUUACAACAUCAUGAUCUCAAAACUUCUACUCACCAAUAAUGUAUUGAAUGUUUUGGUCAUUUUGUGGAAAUGUAUUAAGGGGAAUAAAAACAUUUGUGUCA